GCGUACUGGUGAGCUUAUGAGUUAUGCCCCCGAUCCAAGUUUAGAACAGGCUUCCCCUGGUUCUCCUUGUAGGAAAGGACCGCUAGACGGCCCCAAUCAGAAAGUUGCUAUGCAAGAAGUAAUCUCGUAUGCUACUAUGUAGUGUAUGUACAUACACUCAGCGCCAUAGUAAUACUCUGCUUCUCGAGCUCUUCCUUCACCUAUGUACCGCGUGGACACCGGCCUGAUGCCGUAUUACCCAACUCACAACCAAUAAUUACACGCCAAUUCAGCGUCUAAACGUACGACUUGGCUAUACCCUGCCGAAACCAUCGGCCCUUGGGUAGAGAGGUAUAGACGUGCACGGUUGACACCCGCAUUUGGGAGAACCGGGGACAGACUUCUACUGCUACGUAGUAGUCGGAAGUAGGAUCCACAUGGGUCUGAGGCGUGAGAAGAGAUGAGGACCCGCAACAGUUCUAGCGACCAAGUGGUUAUAAGAGGUGGUGAGGCGCCGCCAUGCGAUUUCUAAAUAGGGUUCUUUCUUUCCUUAGCGAUCUCGAUCGUCUGCCGCUCGUUUAAAUCCAUUUUAGACUGUAUAUAUAAUUAUAUAUACGGUAACUAACUACCCAAACAUGAAGGUCUCUAAUGCUUUGUUCAUCUCGGCGGCAUCUGCCGCCGCCGUUCCGAAUUACCUACAGGAUACUUUGAAGGAGACUUUAGAGGAUGUUAAGGAGUUUCUUGAAGGGUUGCCCCUGGGCCACUUCGGUCAGGUCCAUUCCAUUUCGAUAGAGGAUGCCAUCAACAGGGUGGAUUUGAUUGGAACCAACUUCAGCAGCCUUCCCAUUUCGAGCUUGGCCGAUUCGCCUCUUUUCAAGAUCACUUCAUUCAAGGGUGCAGGUGGCAGCAAGGGUGGCAACAAGGACGAUGCCGAGAAGGCUACCGCUAGCGAGGAUGGCGAAGAGGACCAGACUUUCGACACCGCUAGCACUGACAGCACCGGGAGCACCCAGGACACUACUCAGAGCCCUGAGAACCUCGAGAGCAACCAGAGCGCCGCAAACUCAUCCAGCGAGAGCGCUGCUUCCCCCUCCAGCUUCUCUGACACCGAGGGCACCGAGGGUACCCAGCAGAGCGCUGUUGCCGGCACCUGCUCCAGCCCCAACGUCCGCUUCGAGUGGGACGACUUCGCCGCCUCCGACAAGAAGGCAUUCGUUGAUGCCAUCCAGUGCCUCAUCGAGAGCCCCGCGUCCGGACGCUUCUCCCCGGCCCGCAACCGUUUCGAGGAUUUCGUCCGUCUCCACCAGUCUUACUCCCCCAAGAUUCACAGCAAGAGCACCACCCAGCAGACUCACAAGUUCAUCCUAUGGCACCGCUACUACGUCUGGGCUUUCGAGCAGGUCCUACGUGACGAGUGUGGCUUCGACAGGGCCUUCCCCUGGUGGGAUGAGAAGAAGUGGGCUGGAAAGUUCGCUCAGUCUACUAUCUUCACCCCUGAGUACUUCGGCAGCCUGCCCACUGCUGUUAACGGCAAUGCUAUUUGCAUUAACGAUGGCCGAUUCGCUGGCCUCCAGCUUUUCAUUGGACCCGGCAUGACCGUUGACUACCAGCACUGUCUUCAGCGAGCCGUUGACGAGCAGGUUACUUCCCAGACCGGCAUGGACUCCUGGAACGCCUGCAUGGCCCGUACCACGUACCCCGACUUCCACUCUUGCGUCGAGUUCACUUUCCACGGACAGGGACACAACGGUGUUGGUGGCAUCAUGGCUGACGCCAUCGCUUCUCCCGGUGACCCGUCCUUCUUCAUGCACCAUCUGUUCGUCGACUACGCCUUCCGCAAGUGGCAGCUCGACGACGCGUCCCGCAUGACCACCAUCAGCGGAUGCGAGGAUGCCGACACCUGCCAGCCCCUGACGCUCGACAGCGUCGUCUACCUCGGCAACAUCUGCGGCGACAAGUGCCCCGACCUGCCCGUGCGCGACAUCAUCGACACCACCAACGGACACUUCUGCUACAGGUACAACUACUAAGCCACUUCAUCCAUAAGUGGUUUUUUUCCCGUAGACGGCUGUGGAGGAGAGAAGGAAGGGCCCCCCUUGUUGAGGAAGGGGGGCUGCCGGUGAAGAAAAAAUUCUUGAAAACGUUGUCCCUUUGCUCUUUAUAGACUACUACUACUCCUACUAACUAUCCAUAUCAAAUGCGCUACCCUCUUUGUAAUUACCUACCGAAAACCUCAGCUAGUCGUAAAUGGCGACGCCCUGACUGAAUACUCUACCGUUCGUUCAUUCCA